CCAAACAAACCCAUUAAUUAACACACUCACACUCAAGCCGCGAUUCUUCUGAAUUCGCAAGCACUGAUGGUGAUGGCGAACUCUCCAACCGUUUUCUCUUUCACAGUCUUAGCCUCUGCUAUUUCCCUUGCUCUCUGCAUUUUCUUCACCACUCACCACCACCACCACCACAACACAAUCGGUUCUGAUGGAGUUUCACAUGGAUUUGAAUCCGUACGGAGAUCCAUUCUGGCUCUGAAAACAGAUCCACUGAAGCCUCGGUUGGACCACAUCAAGAAGCAAGCUGAGGAUCACCGCAUGCUUGCAUUGAUGUAUGCAUCCUAUGCACGGAAGCUCAAGCUUGAGAGCUCCAAGGUUGUUAGAGUUUUCGCCGAACUCUCAAGGGACUUCUCAGAUCUAAUGAACAAACCCCAAUACACUGCCCUCUUCAGCUCUGAUGGUGCAAUCGAUGAAUCAGUGCUUCGCCAAUUGGAAAAGGAAGUGAAGGAGCGGAUUAAGACUGCUCGCCAAGUAAUUGGCGAAGCCAAAGAGUCAUUUGAUAAUCAGCUCAAGAUUCAGAAGUUGAAGGACACAAUUUUCUCCGUGAAUGAGCAGUUGACCAAGGCAAAGAAGCAAGGAGCCUUCUCCAGCUUGAUUGCAGCUAAGUCAAUCCCGAAGAGCUUGCACUGUAUCUCAAUGAGGCUGAUGGAGGAGAGGAUUGCACAUCCAGAGAAGUAUUCUGAUGAGGGGAAGCCUACUGCUCCAGAACUCGAAGAUCCUAAACUCUAUCACUAUGCCAUAUUCUCGGACAACGUCGUUGCAGCAUCUGUGGUGGUCAAUUCAGCCACAAAGAAUGCAAAGGAACCGUGGAAGCAUGUAUUUCAUGUUGUGACCGAUAAGAUGAAUCUUGGAGCAAUGCAAGUGAUGUUUAAGUUGAAGAAUUACAAUGGGGCGCAUAUCGAGGUUAAGGCAGUUGAAGACUACAAGUUCCUGAAUUCAUCAUAUGUGCCGGUGCUUCGACAGCUGGAGUCUGCUAACCUGCAGAAAUUUUACUUUGAAAACAAGCUUGAGAAUGCCACAAAGGACACAACAAAUAUGAAGUUCAGGAAUCCGAAGUAUUUGUCUAUACUAAACCACUUGAGAUUCUACUUGCCAGAGAUGUAUCCAAAGCUCCAUAGGAUUCUGUUUUUGGAUGAUGACAUAGUGGUUCAGAAGGACCUUACUGGGUUAUGGAAGAUUGAUAUGGAUGGCAAGGUGAAUGGAGCUGUAGAAACAUGUUUCGGGUCAUUCCAUAGAUAUGCACAGUACAUGAAUUUCUCACACCCAUUGAUUAAAGCGAAAUUCAAUCCGAAGGCUUGUGCAUGGGCGUAUGGAAUGAAUUUCUUCGAUUUGGAUGCUUGGAGAAGGGAAAAGUGCACGGAAGAGUACCAUUAUUGGCAGAAUCUGAAUGAGAACCGGACAUUAUGGAAACUAGGGACAUUACCUCCGGGUCUUAUCACAUUCUACUCAACCACAAAGCCACUAGAGAAAUCAUGGCAUGUUCUUGGGCUUGGUUAUAACCCAAGCAUCAGCAUGGAAGAGAUCAAGAAUGCAGCAGUGGUGCACUUCAAUGGUAACAUGAAACCAUGGCUUGACAUUGCUAUGAAUCAGUUUAAGCCACUUUGGUCAAAGUUUGUUGAUUAUGAGUUAGAGUUUGUUCAAGCCUGCAAUUUUGGUCUCUAAAUUUGGUUAUGAUGGCUUCUUCGACAAAGAGCUCUUAAUCUGCUUAUUAGUUUUUAUUAAUUAUGAUGCCCUAAUGCUUAUAUUAUACAGUUAGUUUAAAGGAAUUCCUUGGUGGGGCUGGAAAAUCCAUGCCCCUUUCCAAGAAGAAAUAUUGUUACUUAAAGGAUGUUGAUUCUGAAGUAAAUGAAUGUUGUAGCUUACAAUUGGCCUUGAAA